AUGGUGGGGGGGGGGGGGUUUGUUGGGGGGGGGGGGUUGGUUUUUGGGGGAGGGUUUUUUGGUGGGGUUUUUGGUGGGGGGGGGGGGUUUUUGGGGGGGUUUUUGUGUGGGGGGGGGUGUUGGUGUGGGGGGGGGGUUUUGGUUGGGGGGGGGUUAGUUUGUGGGGGGGGGGGGGGGGGGUUUUUUGGGGGGGGGUUGGUUUGUGGGGGGGGGUGUUGUUUGGUGGGGGGGGGGGGUUGUUUGGGGGGGGUGUUGUGGGGGGGGUUUUUUGGGGGGGGGGGGGGGUGUUUGGGGGGGUGGGUGUUGGGGGGGUUUUGGGGGGGGGGGUUUUGUGGGGGGGGGGGGGUGUGGGGGGGGGGGGGUUUUGGGGGGGUUUUUGGGGGGGGGGGGGGGGGGGGGGGGGGGGGGGGGUUUUUUGGGGGGGGGGGGGGUGGUUGGGGGGGGGGGGGUUUUGGGGGGUUUGGGGGGGGGGGGGUUGUGUGGGGGGGGGGGGGUGUGGUGGGGGGGGGGGGUGGGGGGGGGUGGGGGGGGUGUGGGGGGGGGGUGUGGGGGGGGGGGGGGUUGGGGGGGGGGGUUUGUGUUGGGUGUGGGGUGGGGGUUGGGGGGGGGGGGGGGGGGGGGGGGGUGGGGGGGGGGUGGGGUGGGGGGUGGGGGGGGGGGGGGGUGGUGGGGGGGGGGGGGGGGGGGGGGGGGGGGGGGUGGGGGGGGGGGUGGGGGGGGGGGGGGGGGGGUGUGGGGGGGGGGGGGGGGGGGGUGGUGUUGGGGGGGGGGGUGGGGGGUGGGGGGGGGGGGGUUGGGGGGGGGGGGGGGGGGGGGGGGGGGGGGGGGGGGGGGGGGGGGGGUGGGGGGGGGUGGGGGGGGGGGGGGGGGGGGGGGGGGGGGGGGUGGGGGGGGGGGGUUGGGGGGUGGGGGGGGGGGUGGUGGGGGGGGGGUGUGUGUUGUUGGUUUUGUGGGGGGGGGGUGGUGUGUUGUGUGUGUGUGUGGUUUGUGUGA